AUGCCACUGGCCGCUGGCACAAAGGUGGAUGCCGAGCAGAACGGGGUGUGGUAUCAGGCGGUAAUAAAGCAGAGCCUCGAGGAGAGCAGCGGCCUGAGCUACAAGGUGCACUACCACGGCUGGAACGCAAGGUGCGACGAGUGGGUGGACUCGGCGCGUGUGCGCGGCAUCGGCAGCUUCUCUGCCGGCGAUGAGGUCCAAGCCCGCGACAGGUUCGGGAAGUGGUACGGCGCCAAGAUUGUGCACGUCACCGAGGACGGCGAGUACCGCGUCCACUUCCUCGGCUGGGCGGCGAGGUGGGAUGAGACGGUUCCUGCCGACCGUGUCGCUCGAGUCGGCGCCGCGGUGGAGAACAUGGAGGUGGACCCGGAGGCGGUCUGGGGCGGGGCCGCUGGGCACCUCGGCGACGACCAGUUUCAGGUGCACGCGGUGCUCAAGAGCCGCAUACGCGAGGGCAUUCUGCAGUACUGGGUUGACUGGGGACCCGAGUGGGACCUAUAUGUACAACGCUAG